AUGAUAAUUGUUGGUAUGUUUGCUACUACCACGUACAUGCACAAAACAGAGAAACAAGCAAAAGGCACCACACUUGCAAGGGAUAGAUUCAGUGUGUUAUUCACUUGCAAUGCGUCUGGUUCACAUGCGCACAGGAAUCAAGAUAUGAAUAAGCUUAAUGUGUAUUGGGAGAAGACUGCCAAAGGUUACAUGGACAAAAAUCUGUCAAAGAAGUGGUUUGAGAAGUAUUUUAUCCCUGAUGCAAGGGCACAUUGUAGGCAUAAGAAUCUAGAUUUGAAGGUGUUGUUAUUCAUGGACAAUGCGCCUGGUCAUGCUAGGUAUUUGGUAGACUUCCACCCCAACGUACAAAUGUGCUUCCUUCCAGCGGACACAACUUCAAAGAUACAGCCGCUGGAUCAAGAACUGAUAGCCAAUGUUAAGCUCAUGUACUACCGCACCGUUCACUACCAAAUGCGCCAUGAAACUGACAGCCAAGUUGAACUGCUACAAAUUGCUGCAGUUAGUGAUAUUGAGAGUGAAGAUGAGAACGAGUCUGUCACACCUGGACCAUCUUCUGCCACCCAAGGACCGUCUUCCACCCAAGGACCGUCUUCCACCCCUGCCCAUAUCCUAACUGUCGAGUGUGGAGGUGCCUCAGGAGCACAGCAGCUAGACAACAUUUCACUGUUAGCAGACACAGUUGUAUCAGUAAGGCGUGUAGGUGGUGAAUUUACUGAGGUCAUUGAGGACACUGUUACGAACCUUGUGACUUUUAAUUAUGAGGAAAACAUAAUUGAGAUGCUUGCAAAUGAUUCUGAUUCUAGUUCAGACGAAGAAGGACAACUGGACGUGAUUGAAAAAUUGACCACUGCCAAGCUGGCAAAGAUUCCCGCAGAGGAAAAACAACAGUCUGAGAUAACAGGAUUCUUCCGACGUCGCCAGGAUGUAGCCGACGCAAUCCAGAACAUUCGCGUAGCAGAUGGGGCCGAGGAUGCUGCAACGGCAGAUGUUGAAUCACUCGAGAAUGACUUAAACUUUGAAGGAUUUUUGGAUGUGGCCCAGGAUGGGCCCUCAUCCAACUAA